GUUCAUUUCCUUAGUUUACCCCCAAAAUACUAUAUAUAAAAAUAUUAUAUACAGUUACACAGUAAAUCAAAAUGGAGUUAGUCGAAAUGUUCAAUUACUACUAUCACGAAAUGGCGGUUUAAAUUAUUAUAAGGAUAAAAAGAUCAACCACAAUCAAAGAACAAUACAAAAUUGAUUGAAUUCAAAAUCCACGUGUAACGGAUUGGCCUUUAAUGGGAAAUGCAUGGCCUCUUUUUCUAAUUCUAGCCAGCUACGUAUAUUUUGUGUUUUACUAUGGCCCACGAUUCAUGAUGAAUAGACCAGCAUACGCGCUUAAGACAUUUGUCCAACUCUACAAUAUUCUUCAAGUCAUUGCAAAUGCUUACUUAGUAUACGCAGUUUUAACAGUUUAUCCCGACGCCACAGCAUUACGAUGUUCUACAGUAGAUUACUCCUCGAAUCCUAAUGCAAUAAAAAUAGCAAGAACUUUUUAUUACUUCACACUAUUGAAAAUCGUAGACCUUAUGGAAACAGGAGUUUUUGUCCUCCGAAAGAAGAAGAACCAAAUAUCAUAUUUACACCUCUAUCAUCACCUAAGUACACUAUUCUUUGCUUUGCUGUACACUAGAUACAUGGCUGGAGGAGUGGCAGCUUUUUUUCUUGCACUUAAUAGUGCAGUCCAUACAAUAAUGUACAGCUACUAUUUGUUUAGCAGCAUAGAAGAAAUCAAAGGAUUCAUUCAUCCGUUCAAGCGCUACAUUACCAUAAUACAAAUGGUGCAGCUGUCCUUUUUUAUGUUAAAAUCUUUUGUCGGCCUGAGUCCAUCCUGCUCUAUUUCAAAACUGCCAGUCAUUCUUAUGUUACCAAAUAUACUUUUAAACUUUAGCUUAUUUUUUAACUUUUAUAAGAAGACCUACUUGAGCCCCAAAAAGAUGAAAUAAUAUCCACAAGAUUUGAUUAUUAGGAAAGCUUUGUAGAAGUAUUUAAUAAUCAUAAAAAAUUAGCGUUACUCAUGAUAUUUUAGCAUGAAGAAAUUCUCGAGUAAUAGAAUUUUGAGCAAUUAGUUUAUUUAAAUUAUUGUAUUUAAUUCGAUAUUUGAUGCUUGUAAUGUGUCUAAAAAAUUAAUAGUAAUUGAACAAAAAAUAUUGCUGAUUUACGGAUUCUAACGGGAACUGCGCACGCGCGAGACAACGCGGGAAAAUUUAGAUUAGUGUGAUCGGUACGAAAAAACAGAAAUAUACAAAAAUGGCAUUUCUUGUAAAUUUAAAUUAGAUAUAUUUUCAGAAGCUAAACAAAAAAAUUAUAAGGGAAUUGACAAAUAAAAUUAUUUCAUGAAAAAUAUUAAUGCAUUUUGUCACCUAUUUUAAAUGAACACCUGGAAUAUGAACACAAAAUUUCUCUUAAAAUAAAAUAUUUGGGAAUUCUUCACUAUGAAAAAUGCACGGAGAGACUUUUUAUAUCAAUAUUUGAAUCAUUCUAUAUCUAUAAUUAAAACAAAAUGUACGAAUUUAGGGAUA